UCCGCCAUUUUUAUGCAACAAAAGAGGGCGCAAAAAACAAUUACAAAUUAGCCGCGAGUUUCGAUUGAUCAGGCAUCAUUAUUCUAUAUUUUGACAGGUUUACACAUCGAUAAUUUGUCGUAAUGGACCAUGCUGACCCAAAAGAAGAAAUUGAGGACAUUGGUUCGGGGAAACCAAUUAAACGCCGUCGCUUAGGACGUUCGUUAGGUACUCGAAAUUCCAGCUGGGUCCCACCGUUUGCUACACCACCAUCUGCCCAGAAGAGUGGGGGACGGAGCUCUGGAAAUGCCGCUGACCAAAGCGCCUGUCCGACGGCGACAUCCGCAGAAUUUGAAAACUCAGCAACCACUUCAUUCUGUGAAUCCACUCCAAAUAGAAAAAGUGAAAAACUUACCUCAGUGAAUAUUACACCCAGGUCAAGCCUUCCAAGAAUGUUGGGCUCAUUGUCAUCUCGAAAACGAAGCAGAGGAGACUUCAAGUCACCAAUGAGAAAUGUGGAUGAAAAGAAGCAAGCUGAAACUCCAGAGUCCAUUGAGAAAGAGAAUGACAGACUGAGAGAAAGAUUAUUAGAGUUGGAUAAAGAAAUAUCAGAACUGAAAGAUGAAGGUUUAAGUGAGGAUGAGCUCCAGCUUCAUAUCAAGAAGAUACAUGAAUACAACGAACUCAAGGAUAUGACUCAGAUGCUUCUUGGGAGGAUAGCAAUGCUAGAGGGAGUAACAACUAGAGAGCUUCAUGAAGAAAUGGGACUAGGGGAAGACUGACAAACACUGGAAUCCCCCAAAAGGUAAGAGCCGUCUUCAAUACAAAUUCACUUUCUUCAAUUUCAAUUUUCUUUUAUUCUGCAGUGAAAUGGAUUGUAAAUUCAAUUUUUGAAAGUAGAAAUGUGUAGAAAUUUCUUGAAACUGGACAAGUCGGCCAUCCUGCAUACAAUACUGUAUAAUAUUCAAAGUUUCCAAGGAAACAUGUACCCCCAGCCCACACCUUUUGUGUUUUGCAAAGAUUUUUUAACAAACCAGUAUUAUGUAGAUUUUCAGCUGUGGCAUAUUUCAUGAACUUUUUUGUUUUAUGAAUCUUCGGCUGUAUUCUUAAAAAGUUAUCUAUCUUUCGUCAAAAAGGGGCCUUGAUUACUCAUUCCUACAUUGCUAUAUUAUCCUAAAUUCUAUUUUUAAAAAUAUAAGAAAGGAGUAUGAGAAAAUCGCAGUGCCCUGACUGAAAUUUGUACCUGGAACUUUGGCUUGCAUUAAUUAGCAGUGAUAAUUUUAUCAGGGAACAAUACAAAGGACACAUACAUAUUUCUUUGUUCUUCAAAGUUAUAUAUUUGUGCAAACAUACAAGUAGCAAGCACCCAGUGCUCUGAGCCGGAAAAAAUAAUAUAUUUACAAAAUUAAAAAUAGGUUAACAUAAGAAUAAACUACAAAUGUUCACAUAACAUAUUCAGCCAUUAGUUACCCAUUUCCAAGUGCGAAGAGGAGUUAAAGAUCCAUUUGUUCCAAUCACAAAUCACUGAAAACACUUCAGUAAAUGUAAUUCUGUGAUGAGAUUCAAAGACCAAUACCCUCUAGUAGCUUGGAGUUAGAUAUCAGCCAUGUUAAUAGUGAUUUCAAGGUGAUGUAGUUAGUGAUGACAUAUGCUACAGAUUAUGCAGCAUUUUAGAUAUUAUAAACAAAAUAUAACAUAUUAAAAAUACAAUAAUACAUAUAAAAAAAAAUCAAACAUCAUUUGAUAUGCUUUAUAACACACACAUUUAAGUAUUAAGACACUUGCUAGUUGCCUCAGCCUGUUUGCCUUAGAUGGUCCUAGAACAUUAAAAAAUGUUAUUCAUCAAAAUUCUUUACCAUGGAAUUACUCUUCAAAUCUGGUGUUUCAUGUUAACCCUUUGAUGGUUGUAUGGAACUAGCGAUCAGUGGUAGAUCCAGAAUUAACUUGAAUAGGGGACCUAUUUCUUUCCAAAUUCAGUGACAAACCAAAAGAAAGAAAAAUGUCACUACCCUUUUUGGGAUGACUGUCCAAUAAGAAUUUCCAUGUCAUGAAAGAUCAUCUAAUCAAUAUCGGCCGGAGAAGUAUCAAGACAUCCAUAUAUUAUUCUCCAUUCAAACAUGGUAUAUCAAA